AUGGCCUGUUGUGGAAAACUGUACUUCUUCAGCUCUAAUAGACUGAACUGGUCAAGCAGAGAUGCCUGUGUUUCUAGAGGAGCUGAUCUGGUCACCAUAAUCAGCCAAUCAGAACAGCACUCAAGUGUCAGUGAACAGAUCUUCUGUCAGACUCAUGAAAUGGAGUCAAUCUAUGAAAAUUCUGCAAUAUUCCUAUCAACAGUUGCUUCAAGUGAAGAAUGCUCUCCAAACAAAGAAAAAUCCACCAGCAACGAAUGUGUGCGGGAAAGAGAGGACACUUCCUCAAAGAGGACCUCAAAGAUUACUAAAGUUCUUCUGUUUGUUCUGGGUUUCACACUUGUUAUUUCUCUUGGAGGUCUCUGCGCUCUGUGGAUAAUUUAUACUAAUGCACUUGCUGAUUCUGGUUCACUGAAAGAGCAACUGUCAGCUCAAAAGCUCAACAGCAAAACUCUUAGAGACGAUCUGAUGAGAGAGCUAGAGGAGCUAAAAGACAAUUACACGCACGUUAGAGAACAUUUAGUGCUUUGUGUUGCCAUGAAGGAAGAAUUUCAUGAUCUUACAUCCAGAUACAAAAUACUUCGAGAUUUGCUGUCCUACUAUGAUGCUCAGUCUUGUAAUGUCUCUGCGAAUGGCUGGACAGCUUGUCGUGGACAGCUGUACUACUUCAGCACUAGUAAGUUGAACUGGUUCAGCAGUCGAGACGCCUGUGUUUCUAGAGGAGCUGAUCUGGUCACCAUAACCAGCCAAUCAGAACAGGCGAGUCAGACCAUAUCAGAUGUAAACAUAAUGAAAUAG